GAAAAAUUGGAAUUACGACAGCCGAAAGAAAUAUAUGCUAUCUAAACUCUGCCUGUGAUAAACUGGGUGCUGAGCUUCUAAGGUGACAACAUCGGCCGAUCUUUGAUGAAAUGGAGGAAUUACGAGUUGUACUGCUGGGCAAGACCGGAACCGGAAAGAGUUCUCUGGGAAACACACUGCUGGGUCGUCAAGCGUUUGCUCCUGCCAGAGGAGUGCUAUCCGGUACGGACACAUGUCAGUGGGCUGAAGCUACAGUAGAUGGAGUUACCCUUAGUGUGACAGACACACCUGGACUGUGUGACACCCAUCGCAGCGCGGAUGAAGCUUUCCUUGAAAUCGGCAAGUCUAUAGCUCUGGCCUGUCCCGGUAUUCACGUUGUCAUCAUCGCUCUUCGAGGUGAUCAUCGCUUUACAAAGGAGGAGUACGAUGCUGUGAAGACACUACAGGCUUUGUUUGGUGAGCGUGUCCGCCGUCACCUCAUGAUCGUCUUCACUGGCGGCGAUGGGCUUGCAGACGACAUCAAUGGAAUGCAGGGGUAUCUAAAAGAACAAUUAAGUACAGCUCCUAAAAAUCUGAAGGAAGUUUUGCGUGAUGCCAACAACCGUUACUGCAUUGUGUCCAACGCUGGGACGUUUGAGACGAGACGACAGCACGCAAAGGUCGUGUUAAGUAUGAUUCAAGAUGUGGUGAGAAGAAACACCGGGGAAUAUUUCACGAACGAGAUGGUUGAUGAGUGCAACAGGAAAGUGCAGGAAAUUAUUGCUCGCCGCCAGAGAGUUCACGAAAUGAAGGAAUUACGGAUUCUGAUACUGGGUAAGACCGGAGUCGGAAAGAGUUCUCUGGGAAACACACUGCUGGGUCGUGAAGCGUUUGCUCCUCAUAGAGCACUGUGCUCCGGUACGGACAAAUGUCAGUGGGCUGAAGCUACAGUUGAUGGAAUUACCCUGAGUGUGACAGACACACCUGGACUGUGUGACACUCAUCGCAGCGAGGAUGAAAUUUUCCUUGAAGUCGGCAAGCUCGUCGCUAUGGCCUGUCCAGGGCCUCACGUUGUCAUCAUCGUCAUUCGAGGCGAUCGUCGCUUUACCAAGGAGGAGUAUGAUGCUGUGAAGACACUACAGGCUUUGUUUGGUGAGCGUGUCCGCCGCCACCUCAUGAUCGUCUUCACUGGCGGCGAUGAGCUUGCAGAUGACAUCAAUGGAAUGCAGGAGGCUCUAAAAGAACAAUUAAUCACAGCUCCUGAAAAUCUCAAGGAAGUUUUGUGUGAUGCCGACAACCGUUACUGCAUUGUGUCCAACAAAGGGACGUUUGAGACGAGACGAGAGCACGCAAAGGUCGUGUUAACUAUGAUGCAAGAUGUGAUGAGAAUAAACAACAGGGAGUAUUUCACGAACGAGAUGGUUGAUGAGUGCAACAGGAAAGUGCAGGAAAUUAUUGCUCGCCGCCAGAGAGAUCACGAAAUGAAGAAAUUACGCGUUGUACUACUGGGCAAGACCGCAACCGGAAAGAGUUCUCUAGGAAACACACUGCUGGGUCGUCAAGAGUUUGCUCCUGCCAAAGGACUGCUAUCCGGUACGGACAAAUGUCAGUGGGCUGAAGCUACAGUAGAUGGAGUUACCCUUAGUUUGACAGACACACCUGGACUGUGUGACACUCAUCGCAGCGAGGAGGACGUUCUCCUUGAAGUCGGUAAGUCCGUCGCUAUGGCCUGUCCAGGACCUCACGUUGUCAUCAUCGUCAUUCGAGUCGAUCGUCGCUUUACAAAGGAGGAGUAUGAUGCUGUGAAGACACUACAGACUUUGUUUGGUGAGCGUGUCCGCCGCCACCUCAUGAUCGUCUUCACUGGCGGCGAUGUGCUUGUAGAUGACAUCAAUGGAAUGCAUGGGGAUGUAAAAAAAUUCUUAAGUGAAGCUCCGGAAAAUCUCAAGGAAGUUUUGUGUGAUGCCAACAACCGUUACUGCAUUGUGUCCAACAAAGGGACGUUUGAGACGAGACGAGAGCACGCAAAAGUGGUCUUAAGUAUGAUUAGAGAAGUGGCUAGAAGAAACAACGGUGAGUAUUUCACGAAUGAGAUGUUUGAUCGUAUAAACGUAAGCAACCAGAAAGCUCAGCAUCCGUCAAACAUCGCGGCUGUCAAAGAAACCAGACAAGCGAUUGUUGAAGGAAAAGAAGAGCCAGGAUUUUUCAAUACACUGGAAAACACAGCAAAGAAAUACAUCCUCCCUGUCUUGUCCACGGUCCUCGGUGUGGGAGUUUCUGCCGCAGCUGGAGCUGUGGCAAAGCGGUGUUCCGUGAUGUAGUCACAAGCAAACAACGAUGUGUAGAGUGUACUUUAUUAGACUAAUCAGAACACACGAUUGACCUGUAUUUUCCUAACCGAAUAAAUGAAUUUAAGUAACAAGCCACGAGACAUGAAGAUUACCCAUGAACUAGAUUUUUAAGAAAAGAAACAUGUCAAUUAAUUGUUUCAAUAAGCGAGAUAAGCAAUGUCAAAAAAAAAUUGUUUCAAUAAUUCCCAGAAAGAUUGCGCUGUUCAAUUCUUUGCCUUUAUUUGUUUUUCUGCAUGUAAAAUACCAAACAUUUUACCUACCUGUCUUAUUGCAAAGGUAAUAAGUUAAGUAGAGGAAUCAUGAGAUAUGAACUUUCUCAAGGGUCGCACAGUGUGCACGCUAAUGCUCACUGUCAAAGGACGGACGUGUAGAGGGGGAUUGUUUGCCGAGACCAACGCUUAGUCUCUUGCUGUUAGUCUCAGCUAGCCUAAACAAUCAAUGUCACUAAACCGGAAGAUUUGUACACACCUGCCUCAUUUUAGUAGUUAACUGGAAAUGAUGUAAAAUAAAAGAGGUUUGCCUUCUGAUUAUGAUUUCAGAUAAAAGUUGAUGCUAAAGAGGACUUAUUCUUUGAUUGUAUUAUUGUAACAAUCUUUUGAAGUGACCUUUUUUCAUUAGGUUAAAAAAAUGUCUUCCUUAUGAACGUAUUGAAAUAAAAAAAACAGUGAAAUAUAUUUUGAGUCCAAAAUGAAUCUAAAUUAGAUAAGAUAUUAAGCCUUAUUUUAAGAAUGACUAAAUGUUCUAUUUACAGAAACAGUUGUUUAAAUAUGCAACUGAUUGUGAACUUGUUUAUAAUGGACGUUAAGGAAAGGUACUAUGCAGAAAAAUUUUACCAUGCAAUACAUUGCAAAACAGACCUUUUUUCACGUUAGUGGUUACCAUAUAAGCAGAUUCCUUCUACAUAAUGAGAGAUUUGGGAUGGAUAGUUUGGGGUUAAAUAAUUUGAGACUAAGCCUCUAAACAGAACUUCCCUUUUCUUCUUCUUUUUACCGGGGACUUGAAAUAAAGUGAAAAUGUGUUCACAAUGAGGAUAAAUAGGGUGUCUCUUAAACCUUCCAGCUUUGUCCUUCACUUGGUAUAUUGGUAAUGUGUUUAAAUGCAAGUUAAUCUGCAGAGAAUGUGCACGAUGUCUCCCUUAUAUUUUUCUCUAUAGUUUACUGUGCACAGUCUCAAUAAUGUACAAUCUAAUAUGCCAGGAUCAUUACCAUUUAUGUAAUUUUUACACAUGAUUAUUAUAUUGCUUCUUUUGUAAAUAUUUUUUUUCACAUCUUCAUAAUCAUCAUAUUGAAUCUACGUUAGAGAUAUUUAAUGCAUGACAGAGAAAGUACCAGUGUCACUAGCUGAACGCCUGAAAUGUGCUAAAUAAAUAUUUAUGUUUCAUGUUCUUGAUUUCUUUAUGUAUUACAAGGAGCAAAAGUGAGGCAGGUAAAAGGUUUACAGUAAUACAAAGAUGUGUAUCAAUCGGUAACCGUAUUUCCUAUGAGUUCCAUAUGCUGCUGCUUCGUUUUUUAGCUU